UUAUUUUGAUAAACAGACUUCACACACAGCUUGACUUCACUGAAGCUGAUUACAAAAUGCUAACCGACGUCUUUCUUUCGUUCGUAAUUCUCGGGCUGUUUCUAAUGAAAACCAGCUCAGCUGGAGACCCAGGCGUAGUCACGCGUAUAACGCAAAAAGGUCUUGAUUAUGCUUCCACUAUUGGAUUCACACAACUUCAUGAACAAUUCAAGUCAAUACGAAAAAUUCCAAACAUCGUACACACUGGCGACACUUACUACAGCUUGACAAAUCUGUAUGUAGAUAAAUUAACAAAACCCCACGGUAGCAUUGCUUUUGUGCCUGGACACGGUCUAAAAUGGUCGAUGACAAUACCAAAUGCACAGAUCACUGGUAACUGGCGUUACUCGAAAAAAUUGUGGUUUUUCAGAGUUGGAGACGCUGGGAGUAUGAAGAUCAAUAUGCCAGAAACGCAUGUUGAAAUCAUCAUUAAAUUGACAAAAACACCACACGGAGCUCCUGAUGUGAAAGCAACACAUUGCAGUUGUGAUAUCGCUUUUGACCUCGACACUUAUAAUUGGUUUUACAACUUCGUUAUAUUCCUCUUCAAAGGCACCAUUCGAAGUGUUCUACGGCAUCAGAUGUGCGAGAAAGCUGUGGCGGUCAUCAACGACAACGGAUAUGAACAAAUCAUUAAUUUUCCAUUGCAGGUACCAAUCGGAUAUGAUUUCAUGUUAGAUUAUAGAUUGGUUAAUGACCCACUCUUGACGACGUUAUACAUGCAAUUGGAGCAUAAGGCGAAAAUCUCAUGGUUCAACGAUAAUGACGUCAUACCAUUUCAUCCAGGCCACCUCCCUUACGUCAGUGACAACGGCAAAAUGAUCUACGUAGUCAUCUCAAACUAUGUAGUAGAUUCUUGGUCAUUUGCAGCUCAUAAACAUCACGUACUUCAAUAUGUCUUUUCCUCUAAACACCUGCCGGCCGCACAAAGCGAACUCUUGAUGACGACAUGCUCAGAGGAGACAAUUUGUAUCGGAAGACUCAUUCCACAGAUUGGCGAAUCAUUUCCAAACAGUGAGACAACGGUAGAAAUAUCCGCCAUUAGUAGACCAAAGAUACAUUUCCAAUCAGACAACAUUGAAUUGAACAUUAAUGGUCUCCUUCGAUUUCUCGUCCAUCUACAGAACACAUCACAUGUCGAUGCAUUUGGGAUAAGAGUGGAACUGCAUGGUAACGUGAAAGCUUUAGUGAAUUCCAGUCAGUUGUUUUACAAAGUUCAUUCAAUGAGUUUUCAGGUCGGGGACAGUGGUGGACAUUAUCUCAGGAAUAUUGACGUUCAAUCACUGAAACCGCUGAUUGAAUUGGUUAUUCAAGGUUACCUCGUCCCUCUCAUUAAUGACUACGGAGCAAAAGGCAUUCCUCUUGUGAUUCCCCAAAAGGUUAGCUUCAGAGACACAGAACUCACCCUAAUGGAGAAUGCUGCUGUAAUAGGGACUGAUUUGAUAAUUCAUGAAGUUUAAUUUCUUUAAAAGAAAAGGAUAAAAAUCAAGUAAAAAAACAACAAAACAAAGCAAAAACAGUAUUCAAAUAACUGAAAAAAAGUGAAAAAACAAAGACAAUUAAUUCUCAGAAAAGAAAAAAAAAAAAAAAAAAAAAAAAAAAAAAAAAAAAGUAAAUCAAAAACAUAACUAAAGCAUCAAACUAAACAAAAAUAAAUCUACAUAAAAUUACAAUUACAAGGAAGAAUGAAGGUAAGAAUUAAAAUCUCGAUCUACUACUACUACUACUACUACUACUACUACGACUACGACUACGACGACGACGACGACGACGACGACGACGACGACGUAUAUUUUUUGCUGUGCAUUUCACAAACCUGGUGGAUUGGCAGAAUCAGUAGAGCAUCUACUUUGCAGUAUAUAGUUUCAUAUCUUUACAUACUCGGUUCAAAUACAACCCGUGUGGACUUUGUUCUUUCUUCCGGUGUCAAUAAAAUAACAAACCAGUCAAACACUACAGUCGUUAUAACCGACUUUAUCAUUCCUCCUUUACAAUUUCUGGCCUUGGGCCUGUAUUAAAAACCACGAUGUAUUUCAAAACCUGUUAAACUUUUUGCCAGUCCUAUGUGUCCCAUGUGACAUACGGGACAUAUUACCAUGGCGUAUAUGCAACAUAUAUGAUACCCAUUCCCAAUUUGUUUCAACCGCCAGAAUAUCUCGAGACUUAAGAAAGGAAAGCUAUAUAUUACUCAGAACGUAUUCAACAAGGGCUAACUAAAUGUCUGAAACAAGCAUGGACAUUUAGGAUAAACUUAUGAAAAUGCUUGGACAAACAAAGAAUUAACAGCCAUAUUGUAAUUCGCUUUGUUGAUACAUUUUUUAAUGGCUUAGUCAAAGAAAGAAGGGCAGAAAUCAUGACCUCCGCGGAGUUAGGUGGAGGAAAGGGAGAAGAAACCAAAAUACAUCAGACACAUCUCAUCUGAUGGGCUUCUGUACAGUGACCGUUUAAACAAUUUUGCUGAAGGAUUUGGUGAACCCGAAGUUAUCGUAAAAAAACAGGUUCAAAGUGCAGCACAAUGAGAUCGUAUCCGAAAGCACGAGAUUGUAAAACGAAUUUAUAACCACAGAAUCAUGUUUGUCCAAUGUCUGUUAAAACAGAUUCUUGCAGUCUUGUUUCAUUUUCUUUUUUUCCCCUGUUUGCGUUAUUCAAUAAACGAUAUUAUAUAUUA